AUGGCUGAUGAAGAAGUUAGAAAACUGUUACACGAUCUACAAUUGGCUAAUCUGAUGGAAAACUUUGAAAAAAAUAAAAUCACCAUGGAUGUCUUAAAAUUAAUGUCUGAAGCAUUGAUAAAUGAUCUUAUACCUAUUAUUGGUGAGAGAGCCAUAUUCCUUAAUUAUUGGCGUAAAUAUUUUGGCGAAGGUGAAUCUGAUAAAAAUAACGAUCAUCAUGUAAAUAAUAAAAGAAAAAGAGAUGAUGAUUCUAUGACAUCCAAUAGUCCAACGAACCCAGUUAAAAGAGCACCAGAUAAUCAAAAUUCGCCAGAUAAUUCAAGUUGUGUCAAUAUUUUAUUUAGUAAGAUUUCACAUAGCAAUAUUAAUACUAAACAAUUAGUGAAGCCUCUGAAGGACCUACUCAUGGAAUCUAUGAUGGGAAACGAAAUUUUAGCCUCGUUUCGAAAGAAUAACUUUAUAUAUGAUAUACAUAGGAAUAAAAUGUGUCACAUAAUUGUGACAGAUUUGGAAAAUCGAUCAAUAAGAUUGGAUAACGCGCUAGCAGACAUGAUCGUUAAAAUGAUUGUUGAUAUCUUCCCAUCAGAAUCAGCAAAAACGUACUAUAUAGCACCAAUUGCAAAAAAAGAUUCUUUUAAUAAUAAAUCUAUACCUGCUCGUGGGAAAUUGAUGAGUACAUGGCGAAACCGUCAAUGCCAAUAUAAGAAAUUGCAAUUAAAAGUAAGACUUGAAGAAACUGCAAGUGAUGACAGCACUGAGCCCGAGACCAUAGAAGAUAAUAUUAAAGAUGCCCUGGAGUGGUUAGAAACCAAUCAAGCUCCAUGGAAUCUGGUUUUAGAGCAUUGGAAAAAAACUUCUGCUCAUCGAACGAAAGCGUUAAAACAAUCAACAGAUGAAAAUCUGGUGGAUAUAUUCGAAACAUGGAAACUGUAUAAGCAUCCUAGUGGACAUGAAUUAAUUGAUGUUGAUUUUCAAUGCUUAAACUUAUCUAAAGUGAAUUUGGAUAAAGAUGUUUGGUUCAAAUUUUUUUAUACUUUGCGGCAGCAUGCCUCUUAUAGUUCAAAAGAUGAAACAGCAAAGAAGCUAAUAGAAACAAUGAAGUCUAAAGAUGUUUCAGAUGAUUCAAUGGUAGCCAUGAGUCUUAGUUUACUUCCUCACUUGUAUCCACCAAGACAAAUGAAAAGGAUUAAAAACAAAAACUUCAAGCCAUCAAUCGGACUCGCAAAAGAUAGUUUGUUAAAAUUUGCAAAUAUUCCUGGUGACAUGGUGAGACUUAGGCAAGAAACAAAAUCAAGAGCGGCAGAUCUGAAACUUCCAAUCCAGCCUUUCUUGAUCAUUGUGGGAUCUAUUGAAGAUAUACAAGACGUUUAUGUCUGUGUGGAUAAUGAGUUGUAUAAAGUUCAAGGAGUUCUACAAGGCUUAGACAUCUGCUUCAAGACUUUUCAUGUAUUCGACCUUCAAUAUCCUUUAGCCAGCCAGCAUUUAUGGAUAUUAAUACAAAAAGGACUCUACAAUAUCAAUUUACCCUCUGAUGUGCAUAUCACAUCUAUUGAAUAUGUGCUCAAGCAGUUCACUCAAAGGAAUACUGCCGAGGAGCAAACGUCGGAUUGGAACAAGUAA